GUGCGCGCGGCGCGACUAUCAAACUAUGAUUAGCAGCAUUCUGUUUUUGUGAGACGCGUCUUAUUAUCUUGAAAUGGGCUCAAAGGUGAUAAACUGUGCUCAGGAGUUUUUUCGUGUUCUUCAAUCUCUUCAAGAUGAGGAACUUAGGGAUUCAUGUAUAUUUGAGGACAUACGCAUACUAAAGAUAAGAUUCCUGUGCUGAAUUUGUACUGUGGCAACUAUCCAGUCUUCAUCUGUGAAAAACCUGUCACUAAAUUAAAUGAACCUGAUGGUCGAGAAAUGGAUUCAUCAUCAUCAUCUUAUGCCGACAAUGAUGCUCAUGUCUUCGAGGAAGAUUUGGGUCCACAGCCGCUCACAGUCACAAAAGCCAGGAAUUUGCUGUCUUGGUACACAUUAUCUCAAAAUGGUAGUGUGCCAGGAGUGGACAACAUCCCCGUCUUACGUCCUUUGUGGGUGCGAUGUGACAUGUCUGACCCUUCUGGAACUGUCUGGCUUGGAGCGGAAAUGUCCUCGACAGGCAACAAAGUUACUGGUGUUAAGUUAUACUCUGUCACCUGUAAAGGAGCAACUGUGGACAGAGGGUCUCUCAUAACCCUGGAUGAGCUUAAACAAGAACAUAAAAAGAGACAUCACCUGGCCUCAAUGGUGACAAAAGGCAGUGCUAAGUUCAACCUGUUUGGCUCAACUGUUGUUGAAAACACUUUGAUUGAGUCACAAAGUAGCGUUACAGUAGAUUUCAAAUGGAGUCACGUGGACAGUAUCCUUGAGAUGCCACCCAUGUCCUCCACAGCCACUCUGAAUAUCAAAGUUGCCAGUGGGGACAUGAGGAGCCCAGUGUUUGAGAUAUACAGGGAGCUGGAGUUUCUUCAGACUCUUGCUGACGGUUUGAGAACUGGUGAGACGGAAUGGAUGGAACCUUUGGAAAGUAGCUCUGCUGUAAAUCUGACUACAGCUUAUCUGGAAGAGCUGCAGAGUACUGUAAACAUGGUUCAGGACCAGUCUGCAAAAAGAGCUGAGGACACAAAUCCAAAGCCAGACUUGGACACGCCUAUUUUCAACUCUCUCUUGGAAAGAGGCGACUUGGAUUUUGUAGAGCAACUGUGGGUUCGAAUGAGAAAGAGUGUGACAUCAUAUCAAGACAUUGGAGACUGUCUGAAGCUGGUCAUUGAAGCUCUGAGAUAUGGAGACAUCAAACCAUGGAUUCACAGAGACAGCUGCAGCUCUCUGAGCAAACUCAUCUUACAGUCGUACCAUGAGCAGAUCAGUCAUGUUUCCCUUACGGGUCUCGCUCCUGUCCACAUGCUGUUAGAGAUGGGUCUGGACAAGAUGAGGAAAGAUUACAUUAACUAUCUCAUUGGUGAAGAACUAACAACUCUAAACCAUUUGGGUUUUUAUCUGAGUACAGAAGUUGAUCUACUGGAGCAAGUAAACCGACUCAAAAAACUGCACCAUCUGCUGGAAAUAAUUGUGACUUGCAGCACAUUCUUGGGUUUGCCAUACGACCGGCUGUUCUUUCUCACACAAUCAUGUCUGCAGCACUACAAAACACAUCCAUAUGAUGAGGACCAUGAAUUCAAAUUACAAAUCAAACCUGCCUUGAUCAGCCAUUUCUAUCAAAAAGAGCACCCGGUUUUGUGGGGGGUUGAGGUGUCCAGUGGUCACGGCCCUCGUGAGGUCAGGACAUCAUUAGAGCUCAGCGACAGGUCGCUGGUUGACCAUGUCGUCUUUGAAACAGAUUACCCAGAUGAAAUGAUGAAUGGGGACAGUGAGGACACCGCCUUUUUCACUACCAUGGUGUGCUGCAGCCUUGUUAAUUUUCCUUGAUUUUUGCAUGAGCACAAAUAACUCCCCGCCCUCACCCCUUCAGUUUAUUUUCUUUUGAUCGUUCUAUGAUCCACUAACAUAAAAUGCUAGAAUUUGUAGGUGUCCUUUAAUUGCAGCACAAAUCUCACAGGGACCACUGUAGAAAUCAGUUUUUAAAGUUUUUGUGUAAACCUGCUAACACAAACAAAUGACACAGAAACAUUACCUCCUUGGCAGAGGUAAUGAAUGUUUAAGGUGAAUAGUUCUAAAAUUAAACCAGAUGAAAACACAAAA